CAAACUGGGGACUUCACGGGACUCGAGCGCAUUUUACACCAUACAAACCUGGGACAUCGUUGUCUCCGAAAAUGAUUUUGUUUAAAUUCGUGUGCGCGAUUUUAACCCGGUCCUUAUUCAUUCUGGUGUCUUUCGUUGGAGUUUGGAGGGUGACCACUGUGAAAAAUGACAGAAUCUACUGGUUACUAACGGUCUUUUAUCUUCCUCUGGUCGCGGAGAUGAUAAUUACUUUUAAUUGGAGGAAGGGGCAAGACAACAAAUGGUUUUCUCCAUCCAUCCUCUUCUUCCUCAUCAGUAUUAUACCCUCGAUCUGGAUUCUAGAGUUGCAUCAUCAGGGGAACAGAGCUGAUAACCUGCAGUGUAAAAAGUUGGACUCGUGGGAGAACGUCAAGAACAUGGUAUUGCCCUUAAAUGGUACUAUGGGUAUGAAUGAAACACUAAAGCAUCUAGAGCAUGUUCUCACCUCUGUCUGUCCAAACGACUGGAUCCUUGGUCUUCAUCAGGUUCUGCUCAUCCUUCUCAUCCUUGGGAAAUGGCUCCUCCCACUAGGGGGUGGAGUAACUCGUGAGGAGCUGUCUCAGCUUUUGCUCAUCUUUGUUGGCACGGCAGCUGAUAUACUGGAAUUCACCAGUGAAACACUGUCUGAUGUGAAGGAAGACAACAAACAGCUGGUGUAUAUAAUUCUGGCAGUGUGGACGUGGAGUAUGUUGCAGUUUCCUUUUCAUCUGGCAGUUGUUACAUGGCGACCGCAGAACUCAGAUGAGGGAGAAGGCUGUUGUAAUUUUCUGUUGUCAAGGCACAGCACAGAUAUUUGGAACAUCGUGGAGAGUUUGUUUAUCCAGGAUGGGCCCUUUCUCGUGGUGCGGCUCAUUGUGAUGAUUUACUUUGAUGUUUUCCACCAGAUGUUGGUCUUCUUUGCCAUCAAGAACUUUCUAGUGGUCAUCCUCAACCUCUAUAGACUCGUUGUUAUCUGUCUAGAUUUUAGACCGCCAUCAUCUUCCUCUCCCUCGAUCUGAAGAAAGUCGUGGCAAGGACUUUGUUUGAUAAGGACCCUUUAGUACUGUUCUUACAUUUCCAAGCAGUUUGAAAAAACUUCUCUUACAGGAAUGGAUCGCAUUAAAUGUGGCAGAUGGAUUGCUUAUACUGCUCAAAAGCACAUUUAUGUGUGACAACAGUUUUAUAGAAGUACUUUGACUUUUGUUAGUGUAGGUCUUUAUGUUGUACUGUAUAGCAAGUUGGUUUACAGCUUUGCAUUUACUUUUGUUCAUGUAGCGGAUGCUUUUAUUCAAAGCAACUUACAAAUGAGAGAGCAUUUAACAUUUUGUCUAAUUGUAAAAGAUUUUGUUACAUUUUUUUUUACAAUAUAUGUACAGUGUUUACAAUAUACCUGUAUGUACAGUCAGUAUUGUGAAAUAACUGACUCUAAAUCAUUCAAGUGUGUAAGAAAACUUAUUUGUUUAUCAAAUUUUAACAAGGAAACACACAUGUAUAUCUUUAGCACACAUGUGUAUAUGGGUGUUGUCAGGCAUGCAUUCAUCAACAUGCGCACCCAGAUAUGACUCUGACAUUAGAGUUGUUGGGGUAUUCUGAUCUGAGAUCAGGUUGGUUCAGGAAUAAUUAUACUGCAAACAUUCCUAGAGCAGAUCAGGAAGAACUUCAUUUUAACCAUGAU